CCCAUCGAUAAAUUGCAGCCUAGAGGUACAGGGAUUGCCCCCAGUCACAGAGAGAGUGUGUGUCAGAGCAAUGUGCCUCAUCCCAAAAGAGGCUCUGUGGGCUCCCCACCCUCCUACACCCUCUUUCCCUCCACUGCAGCUGUGGAGCUGGUCAAUAGGACAGAGGUCUCUGAGUUCGUUCUGAAAGGAUUCUCUGGCUUCCCAUCCCUGGAGCGCCUGCUCUUCCCUCUGUGCUUGGCCAUGUACCUGGUGACUCUGCUGGGGAACACGGCCAUCGUAGCGCUGAGUGUGCUGGACGUCCACCUGCACACACCCAUGUACUUUUUCCUGGGCAACCUCUCCACCCUGGACAUCUGCUACACGUCCACCUUCGUGCCCCUGAUGCUGGUCCACCUCCUGUCGGCCCAGAAGACCAUCUCCUUUAUUGGCUGCGCCAUCCAGAUGUGUCUGAGCCUAUCCACAGGCUCCACAGAGUGUCUGCUGCUGGCCAUCAUGGCCUACGAUCGCUACCUGGCCAUUUGCCGGCCACUCAGGUACCCGGUGCUCAUGAGCCAGCGGCUCUGCUUGUUGCUGGCAGGAGCCGCCUGGGUCCUCUGUCUCUUCAAAUCAGUGACUGAGACCGUCAUCGCCAUGAGGCUGCCCUUCUGUGGCCACCGCGUGGUCAGUCACUUCACCUGUGAGAUCCUGGCCGUGCUGAAGCUGGCAUGUGGUGACACGUCAAUCAGCGAGGCCCUCCUGCUGGUGGGCGCCAUUCUGCUGCUGCCCGUGCCCCUGGCCUUCAUCUGCCUGUCCUACGCGCUGAUCCUGGCCACCGUCCUGAGGGUGCCCUCGGCUGCCGGGCGCCGCAAAGCCUUCUCCACCUGCUCGGCGCACCUGGCCGUGACGCUGCUUUUCUAUGGCACUGUCAUCUCCAUGUACAUGAAGCCCAAGAGCAAGGAGGCCCGCGCCUCUGACGAGGUCUUCACAGUCCUCUACGCCGUGGUCACGCCCAUGCUGAACCCUGUCAUCUACAGCCUGAGGAACAAGGAGGUGAACGAGGCCGCCAGGAGGGUGUGGGGCAGGAGACGGUCCUCCAAGUGAGGGAGGGCCUGCAGGUCGUAGGCGAGGCCUCAUGUGCCGAAAGUGAGGAUGGUGAGGGGCACGGGGCUGUGUUUCUGGACUCUUCAUCCCAGAAAGGCAGCACCAACACCCACCGAUGUGCAGAGAAUAGCUCACAGUUGCCCUCUCUGCUCCUUCCCCGGUAUUGCCCUGGGCCAGCCCCGCAUGUUUGCCAGCCUCCUGGAUGGCCUCCAGCUUCCA